AAGGAAGAGAGAGUAGAAAGGAAAGAAGAAAGGUCCAAGUAAAGAAAGAAGCGUUGGCGUGAGCAUUAGGCGUCGGCAGACCAAAAGUGUAUUGUGAAUGAAUAAGAAUAAUACCAUUUCUCUCUUCUUUCCCUUGCUUUCACACAGCCGUUGAGACCGUUGACCUAACCCUCCGCCCUCCCCCGCCGUCCACCCACCCUCGCUUCUAUAUUCCGCCAACCCUCUUUCAACUUCCCAACCAACUCGGAACCACCAAAAAAGCUCUUUCCUUUUUCUCAUCCUGCUAUAUCUCUUCCCAUGGCCACCGUACCCGAUACCUUACCAAUUCGAGUCCACUCACGCCGGGGCGGCAACAUGAUCCAUCCCGUCUCGCUGGAAUCUCCGCCCUCUGCCGCUUCCGCUGCUGCCGAGAGUCCCAACUCCGUUGUUUACAGGGAAGUCAAGCAUUUCAAGAAAUGGUUUCCCUGGUUGAUACCUCUCUUUGUAGUAGCUAACACCGUAAUGUUUAUCAUUACUAUGUCUGUGAAUAAUUGUCCCAAGAAUUCUACUUCCUGUGUUGCUCGAUUCUUGGGAAGGCUUUCCUUCCAGCCUUUUAAGGAAAAUCCUCUUCUCGGGCCUUCUUCUUCUGCGUUAGAGAAGAUGGGUGCUUUAGAUGUGGGCAAAGUCGUCCACCAACAUGAGGGAUGGCGUCUUAUCACUUGCAUGUGGUUACAUGGUGGAGUUUUCCAUUUGCUUGCCAACAUGUUGAGUCUAUUAGUAAUCGGCAUCCGGCUUGAGCAAGAAUUUGGAUUUGUGCGCAUCGGUUUGCUCUAUCUCAUUUCCGGACUUGGUGGAAGUGUGUUAUCUGCUCUUUUCAUCCAGUCAAAUAUAUCAGUCGGUGCUUCUGGUGCACUUUUUGGAUUAUUGGGAGGAAUGCUGUCAGAGCUUAUAACUAACUGGACAAUAUAUGCUAACAAGGUAGCAGCAUUAUUGACCCUUGUGGUAAUUAUUGCUAUCAACCUAGCCGUGGGAAUCCUCCCACACGUGGACAACUUUGCUCAUAUUGGAGGAUUUUUGUCAGGGUUUCUUCUGGGUUUUGUGUUUUUGAUCCGCCCACAGUUUGGAUGGGUUAACCAGAGAUAUGCUCCAGCUGGAUAUUCAUCAGCAUCAUCUACCCCUAAAUUUAAGGCUUAUCAAUGCGUACUUUGGGUGCUUUCACUAAUCCUUCUCAUUGUUGGGUUCACCGUUGGAUUGGUUUUGCUACUUCGUGGAGAGGAUUUAAAUGAUCACUGCUCGUGGUGCCAUUAUCUCAGUUGUGUUCCUACUUCAAGGUGGAGCUGCAACACACAACCUAUCUCGUGCCAGGCUGAGCAAUUAGGGAGCCAAUAUACUUUAACCUGCUCAAACAGCAGCAAGAGCAAGACAUAUUCACUACUUAAUCCAACUGCAACGCAGAUUCAGGGAUUAUGCGCACAGCUCUGUCGAUGAACUCCACCCCACCGUCGUGGUUGAAUAUAGAAAAUAUCCAGUUUGUUUUAUUCAUUACAUAGAUUGCAAUUCUUUGUAAAAUAUGGCAGUCGCAUGAAGUGUAGCUCCCUGAUUUCUUUGAACCCACCUCGGGUCAUAUAUAUGAGGAAUUAUUUUUAUUAUUAUUGUUAAAUAUUAUUACGUUGUUUGAUGAUC